GCUGCCAUUACUCGAAGCGACGAUCCAGGAGGUUCUUCGUGCGUCGUCCAUGAUUCACACGGAGUCCAACGCGCAGCUCAGACUGAUACUUACCUGGCAGGCUACUUCAUUCCGAAGGGGUCGUGGGUGUUCGGGUGCUCGGGAAUAUGCCACAUGGACUCACGCUACUGGGAAGAACCGCAGGAGUUCCGACCCGAGCGGUUCCUCGACCAAGAAGGGAAAGUCAAAACGCCAAGGAGGGACUCAUACCCUUUGGUUCAGGACGAAGGAGCUGUCUUGGAGAGGCUCUUUCAAGGAUGGAACUGUACAUCUUCUCGGCAGCCCCUUCUGCAGAACUUCACUUUUCUCUCCUCCAGCGGGCAUCGAGGUCGACCUAGAAGCCAACUCCAAGCAACCCUCUGCACGUCUGUCUAAAGAACAAAAUAUUGUCAUUAGCAUCAGAGAGUGAUAACCUACUGGAUAUGAAUCUCUGUAGCAGACUUUUCUGAGGUAAAACUACAAUAUUUCUGUGUAACAUAAUCACUGUUAGUAGCAUUAUGAAUUUUGUGUUAGUGUUAGUACUAGAUUAUCAUAAUUAUGAAAAGUACUGAUGUUAACAAAUGUAGAAAAGGUAUGAAUGAGAGUGAAUAUCAUCACAAUACAAUUUAAACCGGUCAAAUACAUCACAGAAUUUCUUUCACAGUGAUUUCUUGUAUUGUGAAGAUAUUCAUUGUCAUCCAUUCAUUUUCUAAUUUAUUAUACUGACAUAAGAAAAAAUCACAUUCUGUGGGGCAUUCUCAUUCAUAAUUUUUCUAAUUUAUUAUACUGACAUAAGAAAAAAUCACAUUCAGUAGAGCAGAAUAGGUUGAGG